GGCGGACGAUUACGUGGCCCUAAAUGAUUCCAAACAAUUUUGCAAAUAUUACCUUAGUAACCAGAAUUUCAAGGCAAUCAUUUGAGAAGGAGAGAGCACUAUAAAUACUUAACGUGCUGUAAAAUGACGGAUUGUGAAGGAGCUAAGGAUCGUGUGUUACAAAGACUUGAAUCUGACUUAUCAUCUGCUGAUAUGCAGUGGAGCUUGUUUAUGUCAGCGUUGGAAAGCUACAGACAUGAUAGUAUAUUGAGGCCUUUUCCUUCUGCAUAUGUAGAGGAUGGUGGUAACAAGAAUUUUCAAAGACUGGCUCAAGUUUGCAGUGCAGUUCCUUCUUUUGACAAAAUAUUAAAAGGUAAACAAAUUCUUUCUCAAGAAGCCUGGGACAUAUUGGAUUGGGCAUUGGACAGAACAUUUGCGAUGAAAUCUGUUGACAAAUCCAAGUUCUCAGAGAUUGAAGAGAAGACUGGUCAAGCAAGUUACAGUUCUACCACACCUGACUUCAUAUUUGAAGUUGAGUACAGUGAAACAAACACUCUCAAUGCAAAGUUUAAUGAACUGUCACAGAUUCAUGAUGUGUGGUAUGCUUAUCAUGGCAGUAGAGUGGACAACUUUCAUUCUAUCUUGAAUAAUGGAUUACAUGCACAUUUAAACAAGACAUCAUUCUUUGGUGAGGGGACCUACCUUUCAAGUGACCUCACUGUUUGCAUGAUGUACAGUCAUUAUGGUCAAGGCUGGGAAAAUAGUGUAAUUGGAGAUAAAAUGAGUUGUGUAGCUGUCUGCGAGAUCUUGGACCAUCCAGAUGUGAAGUGUACAGUUAAAUCAGAAGCCAAUAGUGAAAGACAAAAUCGUUCAAGGGCCAGAGCAAGAAACAGCGAGGGAGGGGAUGUUCCAGAGAGAUAUUAUGUGGUCACAAACAACCAAGCUGUGAGGGUGAAAUAUGUGUUGGUGUAUGCUGAGAAGAAAACUCCAACAAGGGCACAAGCUCGGAACUGGCUGAUAUUCAGAUAUCCAUUAGCUUCAAUAAUGGUUGUGUAUAUCUUGAUUUUAGUUCUUGUUGGUUUUUCUAGAACAAGACUUUUCCAGAAAUUUUAUAGCAAAUAUUUUAAAGGAAGUUAGCACACCAGAUAUUUUAAAUAACUGACUAAUUUUAAAAAUUAUUUAAUGUAAUAUUUGAUAUUUGAAGUAGUACUGUAACUAAGUUCUCAUUCAACCAUAAAAUGGGAAGGGCUUUCUCUAAUGUGUAUUGUGUGGAAUCUGGUGUUGUUGUUGUUGUUGUUGGCAACUAAAAGGAUAUUUUAGUAAUAACGAAAUUGUGUUUCACAAGCGAGAGAACUACUAACUAUGUUGGUGUAAAAUGAAAAAUAAUUUUGUGUUAUUGUCCUUGUACAUUUGGAGGGGGUCAGAAGUUACUGAACAAUCUAUUUUUUGCCAAAUAAAGCUCACUUUUUUGACUGG